CACUUUCCUCUCGGGCUCUCCCAACUCCCAAGUGGGCCAAGUCAACAAAGCCAUCUCGACAGUUGGGUUAUUCUCUGGAGCUGAGGAGGAGACAGGUAGCGAUGGCACCGGCGGCGAUUCGGUGUUGCGCAGUUGUUUUAGCUCUAACGAUCUUCCUCCUCAUCUCUCCGUCACUUGCCAUCUACUGCGACGAAGAUGAUUGCUAUGAUCUACUCGGGGUUUCUCAAAAUGCUAAUGCCUCGGAGAUCAAGAAAUCGUACUACAAACUUUCGUUGAAAUAUCACCCGGAUAAAAAUCCUGAUCCGGAUUCGAAGAAGCUUUUUGUGAAAAUCGCUAAUGCUUAUGAGAUUUUGAAAGAUGAAGCCUCGCGAGAGCAGUAUGAUUAUGCAAUUGCACAUCCAGAGGAGGUAUUCUACAAUACAGCUCGCUACUAUCAUGCGUAUUAUGGACACAAGACGGACCCUCGUGCCGUCCUUGUUGGACUUCUUUUGAUUCUCUCAGCUUUUCAGUAUCUUAACCAGCAUACUAGGUAUAAUCAGGCUGUGGAAACCGUAAAGAAAACUCCUGCCUACAGAAACAAACUGCGAGCAUUGGAACUUGAGCGCAGUGGUGGCAUUGCAAGUAAGAAGAAAGGUCACAAGCAGAUGGACAAAAACAUGGAGGAAGAUCUCAGCAAAGAACUUGUUCUGGAUAUAAAGGGUGCUGAAAGACCCUCCAUUUGGUACCUUAUUGGUGUCCAGUUUGUACUUCUCCCUUACACAAUUAGCAAGCUGUUAUUGUGGAAUGGGAGUUGGUUCCUGAGGUACAAGAUCAAAAAAGCUCCAUAUUCUUGGGAAGAUGCUUCUUACCUGACACAAAGUUCCCUUAGAGUGCCUCUUGACGCAUGGAGAAACAUUGAUGAAUCAACAAAGGAAGAUCUUGUUGGGAGACGUUUAUGGGAGAAGUCCAACUUGGAGAAUUACCUGGCGGAAAUGCGUAAAGAAUCCAAGCGCAGAAGAUAGUGAAUAAUGAUGGGGGCUCUUUCAUACCCUUUUAUAUACCGAUAACACAUUUUUUCAGUCAAAAUCUUCUGAUAUACGUGAGUUAACCUGAACUGUACUAAAUAGGUGAGCUGCGGGAGAAUUUAAUAGUACUGUGAUGGAUAUUGAGAGUUGCCAAAUUAUUAAUUUACAAACCUCGGAAUGUGAAGCUUCAUGGGUAGGUUUUAUAAGAUGAUUGUGGUCUGUGGAUGUAGUUUAUUACUCCAAUAACUUACUAUAUUCAUUUUUUUUUAGUAAGUAACUUAUUAUAUUAUGAAAAAUUCUCACAUGGGCAUUGGGACCA